AUGAUCUACUUCGAACCCUACCCACUCACGGAGCUCGACCACCUAUUGAUGCCAGUAUAUCUUCAUUUGUUCCUUACUUUUAAGACCUCCAGAAUACAAGAGAGCGUUGAAGAUCUAGAGACUGGAGUUUCCUGCCUCAUUCAAGAAUGGCCCUUUCUGGCGGGCUCCAUAGCCAAGCCCGGUCCCGACCAAAAGGCGUAUCAAGUUCAACCGCCUUCCGAAUUCGAGCUUCAGGCCAAUCCAAUGCUUCGGGUAAAGACUCAUGGGGUACCUGUCUCGGUUCUACAGCUGGCCGAGGAGACACCGGAGGAACUUAUCUCGGUCAAGCCACAUUGGCCGACCCUGUACCCAGCCCCGGCACUACGUUUCCAGGCCAAUAUCAUGGCUAACGGUAUCAUAUUGUCGCUUUCCUGGCAUCAUCGGUUGAUGGAUGCGUUUGGGUGCCAAGGUGUUCUUGAUGGUCUAGCACAAUUCUGUCGAUUGAAGGGAAGUACUGGUGACACGUUAAAGACGUCUCCUCAACUGCAGGAGGGCGCUCGUCAGCGAAUCAGAAACUUCAGUGGAUCAACCAAAGAUCAUGCUGCUUUCUCCGAUACAUAUGGUUACUCGGACAAUCAGUAUCAGGAUAACCAAGCCAUUCGCGGCUACAUGCUCUGCCCUCGAAAAGUUGAAACGCUCAGGAGGAUUUGUGAUGAGCAAAUCACAGAAUCCGGGAACGCAUCGAAUAUCAGACUGACCUGCGAUGACAUUGUCACGGCAAUCAUUUGGCUUUCUGCGUCUCAAGCACGCAACCGAGCCUUGUCGGCACCUCACUCAUCGCUCAUUCGAUAUGUCAAUGUACGGAAGCUGUUGGAGCCCCCUAUUCCAACAGACCUCUUUGGGAAUGCAAUAGCCAUGUCCAAAUCUCACUGCAAUUUGCAGGACCUGCGAUCCGAGCCCAAGGACCAGGAUAGUUCAGAACAUGUCGUUCCAGGCUUAACCCGUCAAGCAGUGAACCAUCUAUCGCAUUUCUCUAAGCUCACCCGAUCAGAAGAUACAGGGAAAAGCGUAGAUGCGAGCCAUGUGGGAGACCUUCUUUCAACACUUCGAGCCUCGUCUGACUGGGACUCACUCACCCUAACCCCCGUUGAUGUGUCUGUGUCUAGUAUGCGAAGAAUUAAACUCUACAACAUGGAUUUUGGAGAGUCAUUCGGCCUUGUGAAAGACGUUGAUACGCUGGAAUCAAACCUACAAGGGCAAUAUUUGAUUCGGCCCGCCAGAAAUUGCAGCUCAGACGCACCGUGGGAAAUCAAGAUGGCGCUUCCAAAGAAGGUUGUGCCGUUUUUAGAUGCAGAUCCGGUAUUAACAUGGGCUAGUGUGAAUGAAAGACCAAGACUUUGA